GGACGGGGGAGGGGGUCAGUGGCAAUGCGAUUUUCUAAGACUCCCCCAGGGCAGUCCCGCUGCACCAGGCAGGCGGUGCCCAGCGAGAACCAGGGCCGGGCUGGGCUCCCCGACGGCGCACGCGGCCCCGGGGGGCGAGGAGCAGCGCCCGGCGCCGUCCCCCCCCCAACCCGCAGCCGGCUCCCGGCGGGGCAGCCCUGCGCUGAAGCGACGCGCGGAGCCCGCACACGGCAGCGGCAGCGCCGGGCGGAGAUCGGAGCGCAGGCACCUGCCGUGCCCCCGCCCGGACGCAGCGGCGGAGCCGGCGGCACGGGGCCGCGCCGCAGCGGGGCGGAGGGGACCCGCCGCGAUGGCACCGCGGUCCGGCCGGGGCUGCGGGCGCCGCGACGCAGCCGAGACCCCCACCCGGUGCCAGCGGGGACUCGCGCGAGUCCCCCGUUGAGAUUGUCCCUGUCCGCUCCCUCGAGCGGGGCACUGUGCUGCUCUGGGGUCGGAGGCACCAGCACCUGCAGCUGGAGGCUCCACGCGGCUCCGGGAAACCUUCCAGCAGCGCGCACCGCCGCCUCGCUCCCGUCAGCCUACACGGAUGCAAUCCCUCUCUGCGUGCUGGAAACCAGGGCUGCAGACAGAAAUUUAUAUCCUGUAAUAAAAUCAAAUACAACAGAGCCUGUUGUCAGUGAUGAGAGGGGAGCAGCUUCACGGCGGAGGUACGGAACGGGGCAGGCCAGGGCUCAGCUCCCAUCCCAGCCACCAAGCUCCCCACAACACCAGAGCAACCGUGCAAAUCCUGCUCCGGGCUUCCAACUGGGAAACAAGCAGCACAGGUGGAUGGACAGAGCGGGAAUGGAGGGAUGCUGGAACGGGACCAAACCAUCCAGAACUGACGACAGUCUUCUGCUUGGUGGGGAUGGAAGGCUCAGCCCCUCCGCAACAAGGGCAUCUCCAUGGCUCACUCCUGGUGCUAGAGGCUCCUGGGGGCUGGUGGCAGCUCAGCUUGGGUUCGCCCACAUCAGACUGCUCCUCUUGGCAUCCAGCACCUCACCUGAGCUUCUCCCCAUGCUUUCCCAGUGGAUGUGACCUGUCAAGGAGAGUUUAAUGAAUUUGCUCCUAGCUCUUAGGAAGCCUCUGGCCAUGCCCUCUGGAGAUCAGCUGUCGCCGUCAAUGUGCCAUCCUCAUUCAGAUGGCGCCUGACUCUCCACUGCUGAGUGAUUUUUUAAGUCUGAUACAAUUCUGUAUACAUAUGUACAUAGAUACACACGUAUUUAUGUGUACAAUACACUUGUUUAUAAACACCCA